AUGGCCGGCGUGCAGCAGGGCGAGAAGCAGCUCUUCGAGAAGUUCUGGAGAGGCACCUUCAAAGCCGUGGCCACGCCGCGACCCGAGAGCAUCAUCGUGGCCAGCAUCACCGCCCGCAAGCCGCUGCCCAGUGGGACGCUCAGCUGCCUGCCGUACCCUGCGGAGGACAGACGGCCCGAGAAGCUGAGCAGCUGUGUGGUCAGGGAGCCUGCCAGCGCCAAUGGCUGUGCCAAGGGGAGGGACAGACGAGACCGUGCCCACCGCAGGUCACGCAGCCAUUCGUGUGAUGGGGAGCGGCCGCUGCCGGCUCGGGGGAAGAAGAAGAAAAAGAAAUCCGGCCGCAAGAAGCGAAGGAGGUCUCCCUCCUACAGCCCUUCACCUGUGAAGAAGAAGAAGAAGAAAAGCUCCAAGAAGCGAAAAAGAAACAGGUUAUCAUCAAAGAAGAGAAGGCACAGUUCUUCAAGCCCCAAAAGUAAGAGAAAGGAAGAAAGAAAACACAAAAAACACUCUCGUGGGCGCACCCGGAAAUCCCAUCGGCAUCGCCGCUGCCACUCUCGCUCAGAGAGCUCCGACUCCCACUCCCCCAGCUGCCGGAGCAGGCACAGAGCCAGGUCUCGGGAGGAAGGGCACAAAACACGGCGCAGACACUCCUGGCACCAUUCAAAGAUCACGGCAAAGAGAAGCUCCUCUGCUGAGGUUCAAGCCAGUCAAAAAGCCAGCCAAACCCUCCCACUCUACAGCUUCCUGUCUUCUAAGGAAGUAAUCUCUCAGUCAGGGUCUUCUGCUGACCUCUUUACCAAAACAGACAGCCCGCCUGGCAACCUAGCCAGCCAGAAUGGAGAGUAUCAUGAAUAUGACUCAGGAAACGAUACUUCCUCCCCUCCCUCCACUCAAACGAGCUCAUCCAGGUCAAAGGACAGCCAGGAGAAAAGAAGUCUAGUCCAUGAUGGCUUUGGCCAUGCCUUCUCGUCCGGGAAGCCCAAACUGGCCAACAGCGAUAACAGCUCUGAUUCAGGAAAUUCCUUCACCAGUUGCUUUUCCCAGACCAAGGGAACAGCUUUGGAAAAUCUGUCUCCAGAUGCCCAGGGACAAGACCGAAGAGCGUGCCUAUCCUCAUGUCUCGGUUCCUCAGAGGAGAAGAAGCGAAACUUCCUCCCCUCACCAGCCCACAGCUCCCCGCUCAGGCCUGGCUCCCGCAGCGACUCCUACACCAGCACGGGCAGGUCCUCCCCCGGCUCCAGCCGCUCCCGCUCCUCGCACCACAAGGCCUCUCCCAGGUACUCCCGAAGCAGGUCCUGCUCCUCGGGAAAGAGGUCCUCCACACGUUCCCCCAGCUAUUCCUCCAAAUCCUGCAAAAAAAGUCCUGGGAGUAGAAGUUCAAGGCCUCGCCGGAGCCCCAGUUACUCCCGCUACAGCCGUAGCAGGGACCGCGAGCGGGAGCACAAGUACAGCUCCAGCGAGAAGGAGUCGCACCGGGAGCGGCAGCGGCGCCGUCGCUCCUAUUCCCCCCUGAGGAAACGCCGGAGAGACUCUCCCAGCCACCUGGAAGCUCGGCGCAUCACAAGUGCCCGCAAACGCCCCAUCCCCUACUACCGUCCCAGCCCCUCCUCCUCCAGCAGCGCCGGCAGCUAUUCCUCCUGGUCCAGCAGCUUCAGCCGCUCCCCGAGCCGCAGCCGGAGCUACUCCAGCUACCGGACGAGCCGGAGCCGAAGCUGGAGCAGCAGCCGGAGCUCGGGCCCCAGGAGCAGCCGCAGCAGGAGCAGGAGCUAUGACUCAGGAGCCAGCUCCGACAGCCUGCGUCGUUAG